AUGUCUACAGAUACCAGAAACCACCGCGAUCGGGCAGCUCCCUCAAAGAGGAAGACCAGGGAUGGGUCAGAGGAUGUUCCCCCGGCCCGCAAAAAGGUGCAUCGCAAGGCAGACAAAGCAGAUGAUCAAGUCCAAUUCGAGGACUACGGCAGCAAAGGCGAUACAUCGAAGCCCAAAGUGACCCGGAAAUACAAGGACAAAUUUGCUCCCAAACCCGAAAAGGAAUACCCGUCGAUCAACGACCUCAAAAAGCGAAUUCGCGAUGCGAAGCGACUACUCAACAAAAUGGAUUUGUCUGCCGAUGCUCGCAUUUUGCAGGAACGCGCCCUUGCCGGGUAUGAGCAAGAUCUUGCGGACGAAACUACACGCAGAGAAAGGUCAUCAUUGAUCAAGAAAUAUCACUUUGUCCGAUUCCUUGACCGCAAAACUGCCACCAAAGAACUCAACCGACUUACUCGCCGGGAGAAGGACGAAGACCUUGAUCCGAAACAAAAGGCUCGUCUUGCGGCGAAAAUCCACACAUGCCAGGUGAACCUGAACUACACGAUCUACUAUCCUCUCACCGAGAAAUACAUUUCAAUCUACCCCAGUGGAAAACCCGAUGCAACAGACCCAAAGUCAGAAUUGCAAACACAGGAAACCAAAUCCAACGACGCCAAGCCCCCGAUGUGGUCUGUCGUUGAGAAGUGCAUGGAAGAAAAGACACUGGACCUUCUUCGUGAAGGAAAGCUGCACAUCAAUGCUAAUGGAGAGAAGAUCCAAGCUUCGUCUUCUGGCACAACUACAGUUACAGAUACCCACACGGAGAAGAGCAAGAAGGGAGAGCAACAGAAAGAGAAGCAUGUUUCCAAAGGUGACAAGAAGAGCAGCAAGAAGGAGAAAGCUGCACGCAGCGAGCGGGCUCCCAAGAAACACGAGGCAUCAGAACCAGCCAAUGCGGAGGACCAGGAUGAUAGCGAUGGUGGUUUCUUUGAAUAA